AUGAAACAGCGUUUCCUUUUCAGUUGUGACGCCUGUCUUUGCGAUCACUGCGAUAUCUACGGCGAUUGUUGUCUUGGCGGAUCUUUGCAGAGAACCGUCAGUGGUGAGAGCGUGGAUAGGUUGGAGUGUCUGAGUGGAACUGAGGGCUGGGACUUAUUCAAGGCUCAGUCUUACUACUUUAUUAGCCACUGUCCAGAAAAGUACCUCGACAUCAAGACGAUAGAAGAGUGUGAAGAUCGCACUCAUCACGUCUUAGUGGCGGUGAGCAGCCCUCCGGUGUACAGUCCUGUGUCUCGACUUAGUUAUAUCAAUAGUCACUGUGCCAAGUGUCACGAAGAUUCAGAACUGAUCCAAAUGUGGACACCAAACUUGAUCUAUCCAGAAGGCCUGAGCUUGCAGACGAUAAAAUCCAAGGAGGAUCUGUUACAGUUAGUUGAAGAAGGGUCCGCUUAUCAUUUGUCAUUUUCUCCUCCGCCCAACUCUGUCACUAGGAAGUGUCAGAGAGUCGAACCUAUUGGUGAGUGUAACAUCACCGGAAAAUGGCAGGAGUAUGACCCCGUGUUACAAGAGGCAUGCGGCAUUUACUCUCAUCCGCUCUAUAUCUGCCACCAGCGCUACCGUAAUGUAUUUUGUGCCAUGUGUAAUGGAGUCUUCAACAGGACCCAAGUGGAUUUGGUGUAUAUUUGUCAAUCGAAUGCAGACAUCACACCAACAGAACUUGUUAAAAAUGUGGUACCAUUCUCGGAAAUAUUUGACCUUACCCCGGACAUACCAUCCCCUCCGACUUCAGGCAAGAAAGAAUGUCACGAAAAUUAUGUUUUUGACACUUUCAAGAACAAAUGCCGAGAGCUGAUGUGUGCGGAAGGACGGACAGUCAGAAACCAUUCCUGUGUCGGUCUGUUAGGCACAGCGCAAGGAGUGUCCUACACGUUACGUUUUGAAAUCACUCCCGAAAAGCUCAACAGCAACCCGGCCAAAAUAUUGCAAGCCUUCAAACAAGAGAUGACGCGUUUGUCGUCCACUCUGCGUCCUUUUUGCGAACAAUUUCUUAUGUAUGAAUACAACAACAGAGAACAAAUUUCGACCGUCAAGACCGUGCCUUUGUGGCUAGAGUAUAACGUAAUUGUUGGCAACUUAAUCAGCCAAGAUGAGGCUGAGAUAGGUUUACUGGACACUCUGAACUCUUCGUGGUUUGUCCAUGGUGCACCAGGAAGGUCAGACUUCUUCAGUGUCCAUACGGGGAAUGACUCGGAAAAGUUCACCAGAAAUACCGUUUACGAAUCUGAAACGCAUGGAAGAAAGCUGUGUAACAGCUACUUAAAUGAAACAUCAGUCAUUAUUCUUGACAAGUUGUCCCGUUGUAACCAGAUCGAGUUGGGGGACUCCGAGUUCUUUGUGAAUAACACCACAGGUACGAUAACGCUAAUCGCAUCAGGCGAGGAUUUCAACGUCUUUGAGUACGUGGUUGUUGAUAACAAAAUCAGAAUUUGUGUGAAUUUUUCGGGUUGGUACAUGCACCAAGGUGUACCCGAAGACGUUGACGAAAUUGGACACUGGUUGACACUGGUUUCCAUGGGAGUGUCGGUAAUUGCUCUAUUUCUAACGUUCAUCCUGUGUCUUUACUCCAAAUCCCGAAACACUGUCCCAGGGCUCAUCACCACCAUGCUGGUUGUAACACUUUUUCUCGCUCAAGGCCUCUUCCUUCUUCUCCCCCUCAUUUCUGGUAACAAGUGGGCUUGCCAAAUCAUCGGACUAAUCACUCACUAUUCCUGGCUGGUUGUGUUCGCCUGGAAAAAUGUGGCUGCGUAUCACAUGUACGUAGCUUUUACUCAGCCCUUCACAAGUCGGUCAACCAGCCCAGGCCGCGUUCUUCUCAAGUACGCCUUGUACGCGUUUGGGACACCAGCCAUAUUAGUGACAACGUAUGUCGUGGCGCAAACCGUGCUCUCAAACCAGGAAAGUCUUGGGUACUCUCAAAGUUGCUUUCUGGCCGCUCCCGUGGACCUUGGACUGGCUUUUGUCGCUCCAGUAGCUGUGGUGAUCUUCACCAACAGUUAUUUUUUCACCCGGGUUGUCUAUGUUCUGAAGAAAAUGUCCGAUUUCAAGAAGAAUUCCAAUCAGUGCGACUCAGCUCACAUCGCUCUCUUCAUAAAAAUGUCGUUGAUGCUUGGUUUCUUAUGGGUAGUCGGAUUCUUGGCGAAUAUCGUGGAGAAGACUAAGGCGUUCUGGUAUCUGUUUGACGCACUGAACGGAGGAAUAGGCGUUGUUCUCUUUCUCAUCCAGAUUUCUAAUAAGCAGACCACUCAACGUCUGAAGAAGGCAUUCAAACCAACAGAAAAAAGAGAAUCUUCGUCGACGAAAUUAGAGUCGAGCGGAAGAAUUUGA